AUGGGGAAAAGAAUAACGCGGAAGAUGGCCAAGAAGAACCGAAGGAAGAGGAUGGAGAAGAAGUACAGAAGGAGAAGAGAAAGGAGAUUGCGUCAAGAAUCUGAAGUUCAGCCUGACGGCGAACUGAAUGUCCCAGGAGAAGAAGGGGUUCAUGAACCUGAAUUCGAUGAAGUUGAUGAUGAAGUUCAGCCUGAAGAUGCACCGAAUAUCCAAGAAGAAUGGGCUAAUCCCAAUGCUGACGUUGACAAUGAAUUGAUCAAUAUCCCAGAAGAAGAGGGGGUUGAACCCAAUGUUGAUGCGUUGAAUGUCCCAGAAGGAGGGGUUCAAGAAAAUGAUUCCAGCGAUGAUGAACUGAAUAGCCCAGAAGAAGGGGUUCAAGAAAAUGUUGCCGAUAAUGAUGGAUUGAAUGUCCUAGAAGAAGGGGUUGAGGAUAAUGUUGCAGAGGGUAAUGAAUUGAAUAACCCAGAAGAAGAAGGAAUUGGGGAUAAUGUUGAUGGAAAUGAUGAUAAUGCGGAGCAGGAAAUGGAAGGAAAAGAAGAUGGGCAGCCGGAAAAUCAAGAAAACGCAGUAAAUGAAGAAAAUCAAGAACCAGUCGGAGCAGUUGAAGGAUCAUCGCCGGCAAACCCAGAAGCAGAGCAAGAAGCCCAUCCAGUCAGAGAUGAAGAUUCCCGCAAUUCCUCUGAAGAUGCUUCUCAGGGAAAAGCUGAUGAAAGGCCCAAAGAAACAGAGGAUUUUGAGCGUCAAUUUGAUCGGAACCCAGGGAAGAGGCCAAUGAGAGAAGAAGAAGAAGAAGGAGUUAAUCGUUCUCGUCAACACGGGUGGUCGUCGAAGCCCGAUCUUAGUAAUGUUCCAGAACGUAUUAUUGAAUCUGACACAAGCAUCAACACUGUUGAAAGAAGUGAGAAUCCCCCACCGGUUCGAAUCUUGAAGAGAAGGGCGCCUAAUAGAGAUGCUGAUGUUUACUACACCGAUAGAGAACUCCAGCUUCGAAUUCCACUAGCAUUUUUUUUGUCAGUGACAGAAUUACUUUACAACCCAAGUUCUCUACGUGAUGAUGCAGCUGAAUCUUCAUCAUCAUCAUCAUCUUGUUCUUCGUCUGCUAUGAGAGGUUCCACCUCCAGGAGGCCCUACGAUCCGGAUUUUGAAUCAUUCCACCGGAGACUGAAGAGGCCUUUGAUCCUCCCAGAAGAAGUAAUGGAAAGGCCUUGGAUAGAAUGCGGAGUUUGCGGUGUUGUGAAAGCUCCUCAAUUCAUGGUUCAGCUUUCUUGCGAUUGCAUCGAUUAUGCCGUCUGUAUGGAUUAUUGUAUCAUCAUUCUGGCUCUGGCUGAGGCUCGGAGAAACAUUCACCUGAUUUGCCCAGACUGUGGCAGAAACUUGCUGACUGAGGAUAUCAUCGUUUAUGCUAUGUGCAAGCUUCUACAGCUGGCUGUCAUUGUCAGGUAUAUGAUGAUGAGAAGAUGAAUGAAGAAGGGGCUGCUGCUGCAAUGCUUUUUUUGGCUGGAUGUUGAUCUUAGAAGCUUGCAGAAUUUAUGAUUUGGAAAAACUUGAAUUGGGGAUUUUUGGUAUUAGGAAAACUCUUGUUUCUGAUGUUAGAUGAUGCAGAGUGGUAGCUUUGCUGCUGCUUUUUUUAGUUUCUGAGGUUGCACUUCAUUGAUUCAUCUGAUUCAUUCAUGUGUCAUCUGGCACUUUUGAUGUAAAGUUCUUAAUAUUCUGGAUGAUUGUACUCUGAACUCUUUUGACAGACUCGAAAAUCUAUACUUUUUU